GUUUCUCAGGUUUGCACAAACUGAUUUUACCUUUGUCCCAAAAACGAAGUAAACCUGGAACCUCAGUCCCUCCCCAAGUGCCCUGGAAGCCCACCGGAUUCAGUCCGCACCCACAGAUGUGACUAAGCUGUCAAGAUUUCUCCACCAGGAAGUCCUGUGAUAUUGGCUGCAUGGACACAUCAAAGACGUGGCUGCCUCAUCAGGGUCAGUUUGGGUUGGUGGGUCAAGCGGAGGUUUGCUGUGGCGGACCCGGAGUUUUAACCCCAAACCAAUCUCGCAGGGCAAGUUUUGCCUCUGCAAGGCAGUCAAGCAUGGAAACCCCUCCAAAUGCCACCCCACAGCCCUUCAGACAACCGAGUUUUCUCAAUCGAAGGUUGAAGGGUUCCAUCAAGAGGGCCAAAAGUCAACCCAAACUGGAUCGGACCAGCAGCUUCAAACAAAUGAUUUUGCCCCGGUUUCGUAGUGCUGACCAAGAGCGGACACGCUUGAUGCAAAGCUUCAAAGAAUCCCACUCCCAUGAGUCUUUACUUUCUCCCAGCAGUGCUGCGGAGGCUUUGGACCUAGUUUUGGAUGAAGAGGCUAUAAUCAAACCUGUUCACUCUAGCAUUUUAGGACAAGAGUACUGCUUUGAGGUGACCACCAGUUCAGGGACAAAAUGUUUUGCCUGUCGCUCUGCUUCAGAAAGAGACAAGUGGAUUGAAAAUCUGCAACGAGCUAUCAAACCUAACAAGGACAACAGCAGGCGGGUGGAUAAUGUGCUCAAGUUGUGGAUCAUCGAAGCUCGAGACCUUCCAGCUAAGAAACGCUACUAUUGUGAGCUGUGUUUGGACGACAUGCUGUACGCGCGCACCACCAGCAAACCCCGGACCGACACAGUCUUCUGGGGCGAGCAUUUUGAGUUUAACAAUUUGCCUACCAUUCGUAGCCUUCGCUUGCACCUCUACAAGGAAACAGACAAAAAAAGACGCAAGGAAAAAAGCACAUAUCUUGGCCUUGUCAGCAUCCCCAUCUCCAGCAUCACGGGCCGGCAGUUUGUGGAGCAGUGGUACCCGGUGAUACAGUCCAGUGUUUUGGCUAAAAGUGGUGGUGUUGGAAGUGCCAAAGUGAUCAACGCUUCACUACGUGUCAAGUCUCGCUACCAGACAAUGAACAUCCUCCCGAUGGAGCUGUACAAGGAAUUCGCUGAGUACAUUACAAACAACUACCGAACACUGUGUGCAGUUCUGGAGCCACUGUUGAGUGUGAAAAGCAAAGAGGAGGUGGCAUUUGCCCUGGUGCAUAUCCUUCAGAGCACAGGGAAGACAAAGGAGUUCCUGUCUGACAUGGCGAUGUGCGAGGUGGAUCGAUUCAUGGACCGUGAGCAUUUGAUCUUUCGAGAAAACACGCUAGCUACAAAGGCUGUGGAAGAGUACCUCAAACUGAUAGGUCACAGAUACCUCAAGGAUUCUAUAGGUGACUUCAUUCGAGCCUUAUAUGAGUCUGAGGAGAACUGCGAGGUGGACCCCAUGCGUGUCCCGCCGUCAGUCCUUGCUGAUCAUCAAGCCAACCUCCGCAUGUGUUGCGAGCUGUUACUCUGCAAGAUUAUCAAUUCUCUCUGCAUAUUUCCCCGGGAACUUAAGGAAGUUUUUGCCUCCUGGAGAGCCAGAUGUGCUGAGCGUGGACGAGAGGAUCUUGCCGACAGCCUCAUCAGCUCCUCCCUGUUCCUUCGCUUCAUGUGCCCAGCCAUCAUGUCCCCAUCCCUGUUCAACCUAAUGCAGGACUACUCCCGCACCCUCACUCUCAUUGCCAAGGUGAUGCAGAACCUGGCCAGCUUCAGCAAAUUUGGGCCCAAGGAGGAAUACAUGUAUUUCAUGAAUGAGUUCCUGGAGAUGGAGUGGGGAUCAAUGCAGCAGUUUCUUUAUGAGAUUUCCAACAUGGACACUGGAGGAAAUGCUGGAGGGUUUGAGGGCUACAUUGACCUUGGCAGAGAACUAUCCAUGCUCCACAGCUUACUGUGGGAAGUAAUGGGGCAGCUUAGUAAGGAUGCUAUUCUUAAGCUUGGACCCCUACCAAGGCUGCUGAAUGACAUUAGUGUCGCCUUGAGGAACCCGCAGCUUCAUAUGCCUACAAAUCACCAGCCAGACCGACCGAAGGACAGACUCUUCUCACGACCAUCCUUCAAUCGUAUCAUGUCCUCUGACAUCCAAAACCGUAUGAUGCAUGACUUAAACAGUUCAAUAGAUGUCUCUCGCCUGCCAUCCCCUACGACUGGAGUGUCAGCUGUAGAAUCCCUCUCAUCAAAUCUAAACAUGAGGCGUCAUGCAGAACAAGACCUCCGCUCAUCAAGAGAGGUUUUCUACGUGACCCGCCCACCGCUGGCUCGAUCCAGCCCCGCAUACUGCACCAGCAGCUCGGACAUCACAGAACCCGAUCCAAAGGUCCACAGUGUGAAUAAAAGUGUGUCUAUGAUGGACCUUCAGGACUCCCGUAUGAACAGCAUUUCCAACCUGAACUCGGUGGGAGACAUGCUCACCUCCUCUCAAGCCUCCAUCGCUGGGCUCGGCCAUAGCUUCGGCAACCUCGGUGGUCCGCUUCGUAUGGGAGGGCAUAUGCCAACAGGCGCGGCAGGCUCUGGUUUGAGGCUGAGCCAGAUGGGCCACAUAGGGGGACCCACUGAAUCCAUCUCUCAACAGCAACAGCAGGCAGCAGCAGCCAUGCACUACCCUCUGUCUUUCCAGAACCCGCUGUUCCAUCUGGCUGCCCAGAACUCUCCAGCUCAGCCUCCUCCCCCUCCUCUCCUGCUUGCCCCUGAGCCAGAGAAUGGCCACCCUGACUAUGUUCCCGCCUUUGGUAACAGUGCUUUCUCCCGCAGCGAGGAUUUGUCCGCCCUGCGGUCACAGAGCAGUCUGGUGCAGCCCAGUAUUGUCCACUCACACAGUUACAGUGAUGAUUUCACCCGGCACAAUCAAAACAAUGACUACGCCUGGCACCAGCUUUCGCUGCAAGUGCAGGAGUCUCUACAGCAGCAGCACCUGAUGGGAGUCAUAUCUCAGACACCCACUGGGACAGGCACCCCCGCCUCUUUGGCCACACCUCCCACUACAGUUCAACAUGUCCGCCAGACAGCCAUUGCUCCACCACACCACCUGAAGUCCCAGAGGUCCAUUAACACUCCAGCUAGCGCCACACCUCCAAAGGCUCGCCCGCAGAGCAGAAACCUCCUCCUCGACUCUUCGGAAGCAAACUUCAGUGGCAGUCAGCCGAAACUACGCCAAACUCAGCAGCAACAGCAUCAGCAACAGCAUCAGCAUCAGCAGACACAGCAGCAGCAGCAGCAGCAACAGGAGACACAGCUGUCAGUGACAGACAGUCCAGCUCCGGGGCUCCCGUAUCAGACGAGCUCUGCCAAAGACAACCAGGGUCCAUCAGGUGCCGCAGAAGAGUCAACAGACACACCAACAAAAAGCACCAAAAAGCCUCAACAGUCACAGCUGCAGCCUCCACAGCAGCAUCUGCUCAAGCCAGUUGUCAAUAAACAGGGUUCUCAGUCGACUUUGAACACUCCGGCCCUCAAUGAGCGGACAGUCGCCUGGGUGUCCAACAUGCCACACCUCUCUGCUGAUAUUGAGAGUCUGCGGCCGGACCGUGAGGGUCAGCUGAAAGAGUACUCCAAGAGCAUGGAUGAGUCACGACUAGAGAGGGUAAGAGAGUAUGAGGAAGAGAUACAUUCCUUGAAAGAACGAUUGAAGAUGUCUCAUCGCAAGCUUGAAGAAUAUGAGCAGAGACUAAUGACGCAGGAACAACAGACAAAUAAAAUCCUACAGCAGUAUCAGAAUCGCCUGGAGGACAGUGAGCGUCGCCUAAAGCAACAGCAAAUGGAGAAGGACUCUCAAAUCAAAGGCAUCAUCAACAGACUCAUGGCUGUGGAAGAUGAGCUGAGAGGGGGUGCCAUUCCUGAUAUUAAGCCUCGAUUCCUCACAGACCAGGGCUAUGGUGUCCUCCCAGGAUCCUGACUGCCACUUCCAAGGUGACCAGAGUUCAUGAUGGUCACUCGAGUGUAAGAAGACUGACCCAGAUCCUCUACAAAGACCCCAUGAAGACUAAGCUGUGCAGUAGAACCAGCAGGACCACUGGAAGCUUCUUCUCACAACAUUCUUAAUAAACACUUUGCACAUAUUCAAAUUUUGCCUGUACCAGAACUUGACAAUCAGUUUAGCAUGAAAACCAAUGUGUACAGUGAAUCUUCUGCACAUGUUGACUGAAACAUAAGCCAAUGCCACAACAACGGCAAUACUGAACCUAAUGAGUUUCUUUAAUCAAAAGAAGUAAGAAGAGAUGUGUGAAACACAGAGGACAGAGACGGAUUCAUGAUAUUCCCUGCUACAAGCAGUCCGCUUGUUUCUCACAGACAAAAUGCAGAAAAGGCUUUUAUAAGCACAAUAUUCUCUCAUGGCGAUACCUGUGACAAGCAACAAGCAUGUUGUUCAAUCAUUUGCCAUCUGUGAUCCCCAGAUGCAGGCCCGAGCAACAACCAAUAAUGCCAUUUGAUUCUGUUGAAAUCUUUUAGUAAAAAAAAUUUAGCCUCAAACUUACAAAGGUAGUUAUCGUUAAAGUUCUUGCAUCCUUUAUAAUACAGCCAUCCCAUCUAAAUAAAUGCCAAACAAGUCCAACAAUCAACUUGUUUUAGCCUGUAACUGCUUUAAACUGCUUUCACAAUCUAAACCUUCUCAGUUACAUUUUCCUUCGGCAAACAGUGUAAAACUAGAACUAUAGUCUCUUGAAUUCCAGUGUACAGAAGAAUUACUUCUAAAAGCUACUCAGCCUUUUUAAUAUGGACAUUUUACAAAAAUAAUUGUUUUGUUUACUCUGUAAAAAUAACAGCAGUGAUGAUAAUAAUCAUAAUAAAAUGUGUAUGUAACAGUUCAAAACAGAAACAAAGUGCUUUACAAUGAAAAACAGUAUGAAAAUAUGUCUACAUACUUAACAGUAUAGAGUUUAAAGGGGAACUGACUUUACAGGAUAAGGUCAGUAUUGCUCAGUUUGUGAAAAAUGUAAAAUAUCUCUGUGGCUUAUCAAGUCUGACAAAAUAACCCUGAUGCCCCUGACUUAACCUUUAGAGGGGGAAAAGAAGCCUGUCCCAGCUGACAGUGGCCAAGAGGCUAGUGCAGAGGUACACAAGAUAGUCUAUUGCAAGGCUGACACAGAGACAGACCACCAUUCACACUCACUGCCAGUUAACCUAACCUGCAGGCACAGGGAGAACAUGCAAAACCAGCACAGAAAGGCCCUAGCUAACCUUCGUGCUGUGAGGUGACAGCACUAACCACUGCGCUGCUGGGCCACUCCUAUUUGGCCUAUUACUUUUUAGUCUUCCCCAGUCUCUGGUGGAUUCUCAGAAAACAAAUUACUGUGUAUUUAGCACGUCUUUAGCUCGUCUGUGCUCCCCCUUGCAGUCAGCUUCAUCUAGAGCUGCAACAAUUAGUCAGCUGACAGAAAAGUAAUCUGCAACUCUUUUGAUAAUCUAUGAAACAUUUAAGUUGAUUACGAAACAAAAACGCAAAAAUGAGAUUGGCCCAGUUUGUCAGAUAUGAGAAUUUGCUGCUUUUGCUCAUCUUGUUCAGACAAAGGGGGAUAUUUACUAAAGUUUUGUGACUCAUUUUCUGGCGCUUAACAGUGAAAAUGGGUGUGUUCAUAUUUAUCAAGGAGGUGCAGUGGAGAAACAGAAGAAAUGAGGCACCACAGGAACGUGCAUGACAGGUCUCAUGCACUGUGUGUUUUAGGGUAUUCCACCUCAAGGAUGCAAAAAUCAGGAAGGAGAAAAUUUAUGCAAAUACCCUC